CCUCCUCUGCUUCACUCUCUCUCUCUCUCUCUCUCUCUCUCUCUCUCUCUCUCUCUCUCUCUCUCUCAUGGCGAUCCCUCGCAUGAAGAAGAGGCCUCGCCCUCUCCUCCUCCUCGCCCUCACCCUCGCCCUCGCCGCUGUGUCCCUCGUCCUCUUCGGGAUCCUCUUCUUCUCCGCCGCAUCCUCGCUCCCCACCCUCGGAUCCCUCCUCUUCUCCUCCCCCGCCCACUGGUCCGCGAGCGGCGGGGGCGGCGGCGGCGGCGGAGGAGGAUUGUACGGCCUCGAGCGGCGGUACCUGUACUGGGGCCACAGGAUCGAUUGCCCCGGCAAGCAUUGCGAGUCGUGCGCGGGGCUAGGGCAUCAGGAGUCGAGCCUCCGAUGCGCCCUCGAGGAGGCCCUCUUCCUUCAGAGAGUGUUCGUGAUGCCUUCUAGAAUGUGUAUUAGCUCGAUUCAUAACAAGAAGGGAAUCUUGCAUUCCCCUAGUGAUGCAAGUUCAGAGGAAAGAUGGGAAGCUAGUUCUUGUGCGAUGGAUUCUUUGUACGAUCUAAACCUCAUUUCAAAAGUAGUUCCAGUGAUUUUGGACAACUCCAAUCUGUGGCACCAAAUACUGUCAACAAGUAUGAAACUAGGAAAGAGGGGGGUGGCUCACGUGGAAGGAGUCAACAGAUCUGAUCUCAAAGAAAAUAGCAUGUACUCAAAUGUGCUUCUAAUAAAUCGCACUGCAAGUCCUCUGGCAUGGUUUAUGGAGUGCAAGGAUAGAACCAAUCACAGCUCUAUUUUGCUGUCGCACUCCCUUUUGCCAACCAUGGCAGCUGAAAGAUUGCAAAAUGUGGCAGAUAAAAUUAAAAAAUCACUUGGUGAUUAUGAUGCUAUUCAUGUGCGGCGAGGGGAUAGGUUGAAAACCAGGAAAGAUAGAUUUGGAGUUGACAGGAGCCGUCAUCCGCAUCUCGACAGAGACACCCGCCCUGAAUUUAUACACCGGAGGAUCGCAAAAUGGAUUCCGCCUGGACGUAGUCUAUUCAUUGCUUCAGAUGAGAGGACUCCCGGCUUCUUUUCGCCUCUAUCCGCCUGGUACAAAUUAGCAUACUCAUCAAACUUCAGUAGCAUAUUGGACCCGGUAAUCGAAAACAACUAUCAACUUUUCAUGGUCGAAAGGUUAAUUAUGGGAGGCGCGAAAACUUUUGUGAAGACAUUUAAGGAAGACGAGAAUGACCUUUUCCUCACAGACGAUCCGAAGAAGAAUCCGAAGAAUUGGCAAAUGCCUGUUUAUACUGACGAAGAAGACGGAAGCUGAAAAAUGGAGAAAAUGCACAAAAGUGCGCACAGCUUGCCUACAUCUUAGUGAGCUUACAAAAUUCAAAUCAGUGAAUUCGACACCUUACUGAAAUAUCGUUUUUAAAUUGGAGGUGUUACUCAUUCUUUUUUUCCUGUUUUUUUGGGGGGGCGGCGAAGAAAGAAAAAAGAAAACAAAGAUUGGAACAGUUGUAUAUUCUGCAAUGCAUAUUUUUUGUGUUACAUGACAUGGAAGAGAUUGUAAACUGUGAUUAUCGUAUUCUUGAGUAAUAGUAGUCAAAAGACAAUUUUAAGACUCAAA